AUGGUACAGUACGAGCCAUGGUGGCACCACUACGAGACAGCCCGCGCCACACUGGAGGAGCCUGACGUCACCUUGACGCCAUUAUGGGAAGAAGCCCUCAUUGCUAAAAUCAAUGAGUAUACUGCCAGAGGUACCCUUCUUACUCCUAAACAUGUUGGUUUAACUGGACAUCUACCUUCCUACGCCGACAUAAGGAUCAGGGUUGCAUCAAAAUUUUACUGUGUACAAGAAGUAGCAAGGCUCAGAGUGGAUACGCCAGAGAAUAGGAUUGCUUUUCUAACCCUUGAACGAAGGACACAAAGAGUUGCACCUCAAGAGGCUCCUAUCAAGUCACAAGCAGCCCUUUCCACCGAUACUCACAUCAGUGUCAUCACAACCAAUCCCACUUCUGAUGCCCCAGUACCACCCUUCCUCAGCCAUCCUGGCAAACAUCUCAUGUCUGAUUGGGCCAAUGGACAUCCCCGUUUGCUCAUCCUUAACGGUCAUGACUGUCACACCUUGGUUGCCUUUCUAGAUGCUUGCUGGGAACUCAAUAUCACCUGUCUUGUCCUCCCUGCUCAUUUAUCCCAAGUUUUCCAGCCACUAGAUGUGAAUUUCUUCCGAAUACUCAAAGAGACAUACAACGACCAGAUUGACACCUAUCAACUUAGCACCAAUGAACACCACAUCCCCAAACCAUUCUUUUAUUGCUGGCAUCUACCAGCCUGGCUUAGAACUACAACUACACACCAAAUUCAGACAGCCUGGGCCAAAUCCUACCUCUUUCCCCUCACACAAAUCAAUGUAGGACUCCGUGAGGCUCGUCCAGCCACACCUCCUGCUCGAAUUAUCCCUUCAACUGAACCUAUCACUCCCACAACUACUACUAUGGCAGAGAAGGCACUGCAUGAGAAGGAUGAAGCGCUCUGGAAAGCAUCAGAACAGUUAGACAGGGCAGCUAGGGGUACAUACCAAGAAAGUCAUGCAGAAAAACUAGCAGAGAGGCGAGAGACAGAAACAGCAAAGAGGGAAGGGAGGAAGUGUGCAGCUCAAUCGGCUAAGAACACACACGCUUCAAAGUCUGGGAAGGAGUGCAGUGCAGGUCCGUCUAGGAGUGUGUGA